ACAGAAAAAAAAGAAAAAGAAAAGAAAGAAAAGGGAAAGCGCCCGGUCCAUCUCUCUCCUCUUCAUGACGUAGCUCGGUGUGGUCCCGGGGGUCCGCCGCUCUCUGGUCCCGUCUCCACAGUCCGAGUAGCCUGCGGUGCGACGCGCGCGGUGCCGAGCGGCGAGGUGCGUUGCGGGUAUCCGCUGUCCUUCUACUUCCACGCUCCCCCGGCUUGUCCCACAUAUCAGUGAACUGUUUCCACACUGCCUCAACAGAGAGAGAGGAGAGACCCCGCGGAGAGAGAGAGGGCGGAAAGGAGAGAGAGAGAGAGAGAGAGAGAGAGAGAGAGAGAGGAGGAGGAGGAAAAUAAAAAAGGCAGAAAGAGGAGAGAAGAGGAGGAAGGAGGUCGCCUUAGUCCCUCUCCUGAAUCUCCAACGAGAAGAUGCUGAGAAUAGCCGGCGUGCUGGCUGCUCUGGUUUUGGGGUUGAGCGCCGCUCACACCAAAGUGAAUAAACACAAGCCUUGGAUUGAGACAUCAUACCAUGGGGUGAUCACUGAAAACACUGACAUCGUUCUGCUGGAUCCUCCCCUGGUGGCCCUGGAUAAAGAUGCCCCAGUUCCUUAUGCAGGGGAGAUCUGUGCAUUCAACAUACACGGGCUGGACGCACCGUUCGAGGCAGUGGUGCUGAACGGUACGUCCGGUGAGGGCCAGCUGAGGGCACGGGGCCUGGUGGACUGCGAGUUACAGAAGGAAUACACCUUCAUCAUUCAAGCUCAUGACUGCGGGUCGGGCCCUGGGGGCAUCGAGGGCAAGAAGUCCCACAAGGCAGUGGUGCACAUUCAGGUCAACGAUGUCAAUGAGUUUGCCCCAGUGUUUCGGGAGCCCCAGUAUCGAGCAGCAGUGACAGAGAGCAAGAUUUACGACAAUAUCCUGCAAGUGGAGGCUACUGAUCAGGACUGCUCCCCACAAUACAGCCAGAUCUGCAACUACCAGAUCACCACUACUAACACACCCUUCGCCAUCGAUCGUAACGGUAACAUCCGGAACACGGAGAAACUGAGCUAUGAUCGCCAGCAGCAGUACGAGAUCCAGGUGACAGCCUGGGACUGCGGCCAGAAGAGAGCCUUGCACAGCGUUCCUGUCCGCAUUGACGUCAAGCCGGUCUGCAAACCUGGCUGGCAAGGCUGGAAUAAGCGAGUGGACUAUGAGCCGGGAACAGGCAGUAAGCAGCUGUUUCCCAGGAUGCACCUCGAGACCUGUGGCGGACCUCUGUCCUCGGUGAGGACCACGGUGGAGCUGCAGACCAGCCACAUUGGAAAGGGCUGCGACCGGGAGACCUACUCUGAGAAAUCUCUACAGAAACUCUGUGGCGCCUCGUCGGGUAGCACUGACCUCCUCCCUGCUCCCGGCACGGCCACCAAUUGGACAGCGUCCCUAGUGUCUGACAGCGGGAGGGACAGCGACUUAAUCUUCAGGUUUGACGGUCGUCAGGCAGCCAAAAUCCCAGACUGGGUGGUACCCCAGAAUUUGACAGACCAGUUUACCAUUGCAACAUGGAUGAAGCAUGGGCCUAGUCCAGGGCUCAGAGCUGAAAAGGAGACCCUACUUUGUAACUCUGACAAGACUGAGAUGAACCGUCAUCACUACUCGCUGUAUGUCCAUAAUUGCCGCCUGGUGUUUCUGCUGAGGAGAGACUUCACCCAGGUAGACACCUUCCGGCCGGCUGAGUUCCACUGGAAACUAGAGCAGAUAUGCGAUAAGGAGUGGCAUUACUAUGUCAUCAAUGUGGAGUUCCCAGUGGUGACGCUCUAUGUGGACGGAGUGACCUAUGACCCCUACCUGGUGACGGACGACUGGCCCAUCCACCCCUCACAGAUUGAUGUUCAGCUCACAGUCGGUGCCUGCUGGCAAGGUGGGGAGGUGACCAAGCCGCGGUUCACUCAAUAUUUCCGGGGAAGCCUCUCUGGACUGACCAUCCGACCAGGAAAGAUUGAGAGUCAGAAAGUCAUAUCCUGUCUGCAGGCCUGCAAAGAGGGACUGGACAUAAACUCCCUCGAGAGUCUGGAUAAGAGUAUAAAGUUUCACUUUAACCCAGCUCAAUCCAUCCUGGUAAUGGAGGGCGAGGACUUGGAGAACAUGAACGCCGCUGUGAGGAAAGUUUCCUACAUAAACUCCCGUCAGUUUCCCACACCAGGCAUCCGACGCCUGCACAUCUCCACUACCGUCCAGUGUUUUGGUGAAGACACGUGUAUUACCAUCCCAGAUAUUGAUGCAGUGGUGAUGGUGCUUCAGCCCAGUGAACCCAGGAUCACAAUCAGCGGAGUGGAGAGACUGAGCCAUCCAGCCUCCGACUUCAGAGCAUCAGGAGGGAUUGUUCUGUUCCAGGACCUCCACAUCAUCAGCACAGUCACCAGGGCAGACACCGCUGCACAUCACACAGCACAUCGACCUGGAGUGAUGGAGGAGAUCAUUCAUAACUUAGACUACUGUGAUGUCCUGGUGCUGGGGGAGGAGCUGAGCCCAGAGCACGAAUCUCUCCAACUGCAACGAAGCACUCUGCUUGGAAAACACCUUGAUGCAACCAACUCCACCUCUGGCAUGUCCAUAUACGGCGUGGACUCCAUGUCCAACUAUGAGCAGGUGAUCCGAGAGGUGCGCUACUACAACUGGCGUCCCGGGCAGCUAACGGAGAGGCGUUUUCGUCUCACCUGUUCAGAGCUCAACGGACGCUACACCAGCAAUGAGUUCAGCCUUGAGGUGAGCAUCCUGCACAGUGGAGAAGCGCGGGAACACGUCAAUCACGUGGUAGCUCCACCUCCAUACGUGCAGGUGGUCCACCAUCCGUCCAUGAUCCAGGAUCUGUACCCCGUCCACAGCUCGGGUGUACCGAGUGCUGCCACCGUGGUAAUAGUAAUGUGUAUCGCUGCCCUGGUGGUGGUUGUAGUGUUGGGCAUUUACCGCAUCCACCUGACCCACCAGCAGGAGGUGAAGUUGGCAGAUGCGGCUAAAGAGGCAGACGUGACCUGGGACGAGUCUGCUCUGACGAUCACAGUGAACCCAAUGGAGAACUUGGAGGAGCCUCAGGCUGCAGAGGAGGAAGCCAGCGAGGAGGAGGAGGAAGACGAAGAGGAGGAGGAGGAGGAAGACGACGACGAGGACGACAUCACCAGCGCUGAGUCAGAUGACAGCGAGGAGGAAAUAGACGUCCAGCUACCCAGGAUGCAACGCUCGACCAAGAAAGGCCAAAAUUGGGACAAAACAACAAUAUCCUAUUGAAACAUACACACAUACAUACACCCUCACACACACACACACACACACACACUCUACAACACAUCUAUACUCAAAUCACAUGGCUGAAACAAAAAGACUAUAAUGUUGAUGCUCUAAAAAUAAGGUAAUAUCUCCCCCUACUGGAAGACAACACUUAACCACACACAGACACACACACACAGUUACACACACACACAGACACACAGUGCAGUGAUUUAACCUUAGCCUUGUCACAGAACCUCCUGUUUUAUACAGCUGAUAAGAGAUAAUAUGACUCUAAAAGUGCUCCUCAAUCAAAUGACUUUCGUUGUUCUUAGACGAAGAGAUCACCAAAUUUAGUUUAUUCCCAGAGAGAUGUCCCAUGAAUUAUCUCUCUCCCAUUCCAAUGCAGUCUUUAGUGAACUCGAGCUGUAGAAGCCUUUUGUCAGUGAAACCCUGCAUCAUGCAUUCAGUUUGAUGUGUCAAAUUUCACAGUAAGAUUUCUGAUGUCCCAUAUAAGAAUCAAAAUGCAAAACAUCCUUUAUUUAGGAAAAGUCAAUUGCAAAAGUAAAGAAACUGACUAUUUUUUGGUUUGUAUACUUCAUGUUAUUUAUCAGUCUUUAUUCUGGCCUAUGUGGCAAAGCCAGGUAAUUUUACAGAAAUAGCAUAUUUUAAAUGGUACUCAAAAGCAAAUAGAACAAAAAAAAGGGGAAAAAAAGAUGAUCAAUGUGCUGUCACAGACGUCAUGUUGAACUAGCCGACAGGGCCUGUGUUCUGGGUUUUUGGGAAAGACAGAGGAGUCUCCUUGUACAUUUUUAUACGCUCCUUUCUUGUAAAUAUUGAGUAUAGUAGGUGACCCCACCCCACUGAGUCAGCCCCACAUUGUCUAACCAGAGACCUUCCUCUCCACCUGUACACAACACACCUCUUCAUAUGUAUGUACAUGCCCUAAUCCCUUAGCCUGCAGGAGUCUUUCCAGAGCCGACCCCCAGAUCCUCCGUGCGUGUUUUUAGCUCAGUGUUCAGAUCAUUCUGGCUAAUGACAAACUUGGGUUUGCUCUCGCGGAUGUGCUACUGCCUUUGAAAUAGGUGGGUUAUUAAAAGCUGCACUAGGUGAGAUUUUUGUAUUUAAAAAAAGAGAACAGCGUCUCAUUAAACAACAGCAGAAACUCAGUGAAAGAGAGUUUUGAUUUAAAGUCAAAAAUUCCAGCUGUAAAACACACAAUCCUUGGUGUGGAAGCUAGCUUAAUGGAAUGAAAUGUUAGCCGCUAGCUAGGGAUUUCAAAAAGGGAAAAACUAAGCUAAAAGAAUAACAAUAGCGUACUUGGACUUAUAACUUGAAUAUAAUACAAAUCUAAAUAAAUUAAACUGUUGCUUCAUGUCUGCUGGGUGUGUAGAUAGUCAGCAGUUAGCCAACACAUUAGCCAUAUCAAUUGUGAAUUUCACAUCUUGCAGAAAUGAUCUUGGUACCGCUUUUACUUGUUACCCAUCAAACUACUUAGUAGCUCUAAGGUAUUGAUCAUAUUUGGCAGAAAUUUCAAACCUUCAGAAACCUUCAACAGUGACCAGGCCAAUAAAUAGUCAAGCUCUCACAUUAUGCAUUUAAAGACACUUUAUUGUGGCCUAAUGGCCUAAACUAGAAAACACAGCCUUCCUAACUGGAUUGCUAGUGUCUACAGAGACAUCAGAUACACACUGCAAAAAAAUAAAUGCAAAAUUUAAAAUAGAAGAGGAACUUCUCCAAACUUCUAACUUUGAAAAAAAACUGCAGCAUUAAUGGAAGAAAUUUAGGUCUAGAGACUGAUGUCACAUUACAUAAAUCCCACCUCAUUAGCCAACCCUUGAGGCCGCCGGAUUGUGAAGUCGCCUCGUGCAACUUUUAAGAGGACCGAGAGUGGAAUGCAUUUGGCAGUGUCACAUUUGACGCGAUCAGAAAACCCAGUCGUGUUUUUUUUUUUCCCACUUUGAAAUGAAGGGGCAUUAAUCACUGUAGCCAUCCUCAAUUCAGCUUGUCUGUAGUGUUUGGCAGCAAGAAUCCACAAAUGACCAAUGAAAUGAUGUUUUUGUCACAAGAAAGCUUGUGCGCUAUAUGCCAGAAAUCGAUAAAGGGUUCGGUUAAAGUCAUAAACACUGGAAAAUGUCCUCCUCUAACCUAGUGAGCCUUUGCCAGCUGUCCUGUGGGUAUAACUGGGAGAACCUGUUGUAUGUGUAUACUGUAGCUCUACUGUAUGUUCAUCUAAAGAUCUCAUAUGUUGUUUAAGAGUUUUCCUCAUCUACUGUGACACCUGGUCUUGUGACGCCACUUCCCUUCCUGCACACACCCCUCCUCCUGCCCCCUUGAAAUCUUUGGUGGAUUUUGCAUCAGCCCUAAUGUUGUCCUGACAUUUGUUUUAGAAGAGGACGGUGAAAUUAACAUCGAAACCUUGUAUAAUGUGUAAAAGUUUCUUUCUUUUUUUUAGUUUUUUUUUCUCUGGACUCUUUGGUCUGUUUUCCUUUGGAAUGGUCACUACAGCACUUUGUGUAAAUUGGCCAAUAAAAACUUGUUUUGGAAUCUA